AGCUGCGGUAGGUUUGGCGUGCGCGGGUGUCCGCUGAUGUGGGGCGAGCUUGCACGUUACAUCACCGUUGCGUCUCUCUUUACUUGCUUAAGUUGCCACCACUUAGUCCUCUAUUACACAAAUCACCAUAUACUCAUAAGGGCCGGGGAAUCCCGACGACCUUGGUGAUUGACUUGCAAACUUCCGGCAGAGCUGCGUGCACGGGUUGGACGCAGACGUAGAUUGUAGGGAAUUUCAUUUUCUACAGCUUUUGCAGCUACUCUUUGGCUCCUUUAGCUUCUCAGAGCAAGCUUACCCUACCUCGACUGGAAGUUGAGGAGCAAAAACUCCGAAAAGCAAUUUACUCUGUGUUGUAGAGUGAUUUCCAGGUAAUUUUCCUGUGAGGCUUACAGAGGAGCAAGAAUAGCGACACGAUUCUGCCCGCGGCCCUGUAGAAACUGGCCCUGUCUUCCUUUCACAGUCCUGGCCUGUUAACGUUCCUGUUUUGCUUAAGUACCAAAAUGAGUGACCGCUAUUUAGAACAAAGGAUUAGCAUCAAAUUUUGCGUAAAAUUGAACAAGUCUGCAAGUGAGACUCACCACCUUUUAAAAGAAGCUUAUGGGGAUGAAGUUAUGUCAAGGGCCAGAGUUUUUGACUGGCACAAAAGGUUUAAAGAAGGGCGGGAAGAUGUUCGAGAUGAUGCACGAAGUGGUCGUCCGGUCACUCACCGGACGGAUGAAAAUAUCCAGAAGGUGAAGGACUUGGUUUGUUCAAACAGGCAGUUAACCGUGAGGAUGAUGGCUGAAGAGUUAAAUUUAGAUAAAGAAACUGUUAGACUCAUUCUGAAAGAAAACUUGAACAUGAGGAAAGUGUCUGCAAAAGUUAUAUCGGGUAUUUUGAAGGAUGAGCCUAAACCUCAAAUACUUGACUUUCAGUCUAAUCUUUCAAAGGAAAGUAGAAAAAAUAGCUCAUCUGUGAGGAAAAAGAUAACAAUGUCUGAAACAUGGAGUCAUCUACAAAGCCAAGCUGGUCGAGAAGUGCCUCUGCCAGUACCCCAUCCCAGAAUCCAAUACCCUGCCAGCCAGCUUCUGCAGGCUUCAUCUUCAGCAAGUCUUUCCACCAGGGUAACUCAGGAUUGGUUCACACCAUGGUGAAAGGAAUGUGAGGUAGCUGAGCUAGAAGGCUGCCUCCAUGUUAAGCACCUUCAUGUGUUGCUCAUCUAUUUUCUCUUCUCUACCACCUCUCCCUGUGUGUCAUGGCUUCCUAGUUAUUACUCUUUGGUGGACUGUUGGACCAUUUUCUUUGUUGUUCUCCAGAUCUUUGAAGAACUCUUGGCUGUUGACUACGUGUUCUCGAUAUCUUUUGCUUAACAAGUUUGGAUCUCCUCACUGCCCAGACCUUAGCUUUCUGUGGUUUCACUGUUCCUUGGUUCUCAACCGUCUGCCUUAGGGGAUCCUGCCAGUGAGAGGUGGAGACAGUACCCCUGGAUGUGUAUCUCUGUGCCCAGGGAGGCAUGCUCUUCUAGAAGGACCACAAAGAAGGUCUGCAGUUCCAGCCUGCUUUGCAGUCAGGGCCUGAGGUAUGGUACAGAAGGCAGUGGCAUGCUGACAUAAUGAGCCAUGCUGAGCCUAAGGACUGAUCUGGCUCAGAUGACUCAGUGGGAGCCU